AUGGUUGUGCGGGAGGUGGUUAAGCGAGUCCCAAAGCAGGUUGUUCCACUGCAUGGUGUGUGUGGUUAUGCCCCGGGUUGUAUACCCGCCUACAGCAAUGGUACAGAUACAACUUUUACUUACCAAGGUCACUACGCCGACAAUUUCUUUAUGGGAUACAAGUGGCAGUGUGUAGAAUUUGCCCGACGUUGGUUACUGUUACGCAAGGGCCUAGCCCUCCCGCAGUAUGAUUUCGCUGCACAUCUCAUUCACAUGCGCGAGGUGUGUGAUGCAGAGACGGGGGAAGUUGUUCCCUGUAAAUUCGUAUCGCAGGGUUCACCGGAACCACCAGUGGCGGAUGCCCUAAUCGUGUAUCCGGGCACAAGGGAAAAUAUUUUCGGCCAUGUAGGUGUUAUCACACACGUGACUGAUGCACUUGUCGGCGUGGCCGAUCAGAAUCGAUUCUUCCAUGAUUGGGAUGGGCGGCCUUACGCAGCGGAGUUCCCGCUAGAGUGCGUGGAUGGACAAUAUUUCAUCAGAGAUCCUCUCGUGGAGUGCCGCGGGUGGGUCACAUUUCCCGAACGGCCAAACCGCGUCGAGGGAGUGCCGCUCGUUGUGUCGCCGCAUGUGCGUGGUCCUCCAAAGGUUCAUAUCUGCAAGCGAAUCAAUUAUGUAGCGGGACAGUUGUGGUCGUGGUGUUUCAACAGAGAAUGCAUCACGUUUGCUCGAACCUAA